AACAACCACCACCAGCACCACCAGCAAGCUCCGGUCUGUUCAGUUGCCCGCUCGCCUCUCUCACCCCUCCAGAGCAGUCAACCGCACCAGCGCCGCUCCGUUGAGCUCUCCAUCGUCCAUCGAACUCGAACACUGGGAGGACGCGGCAGACGAAGCCAGGCUGCGCGGAUGCGCGCCCCUUCACCACCGCAACGAUGAGCUACUACUUCGCCAUCGUCGGCACCCAGGACAACCCGUUAUUCGAGUACGAGUUCGGCACGUCCAAGCAAGGCGGCGACGGCCAGUCGCGCUUCACCGAACAGCUACGCCACCUGAACCAGUUCAUCCUGCACUCGAGCCUCGACAUUGCCGAGGAGCUGCAGUGGGCGCAGGGCCAGAUGUAUCUCAAAUGCAUCGACAAGUUCUUCAACAACUACAUCUCAUGUUUCGUCACGGGCGCCAACGUCAAGUUCCUCCUCCUCCACCAGCCGACCGGCCCCUCAUCGGGCAGCUCCUCGCGCUCGUCCACGGCCAUCGGCGCCAACCCAACCAGCCCGGCGACCGAGGAGGCCAUCAAGAUGUUCUUCACCGAGGUGUACGAGAACUGGGUCAAGGCCAUUAUGAGCCCUUUUUACAAGCCGAAUUCCGAAGUUAGAAGUCCCGUGUUCAGGACGCGCGUCGCGGCGGCCGGGCGCAAGUAUCUGUGAUGGGGGGAGGUCAUUUCACACCAGAAGCCGCUCGCGCCCCGCGACUGCUCCAGGCCUGUACUUUAUUGAUGAUGUUAUGAUACCACACCAUGUUUGCUUCAUAGGUUGACCCGAUCCGCUUGUACGGGCUGCGCUAGACGUAAACAGCCUGAGCACGGCUGGCGCGCCCGUACUUCGACGCUACACUUCAAUGUCUCGAUCAUGAUGAGAAUAUACAAAGGCACUUGGUUCAGGAGUCACGGC